AUAUACAUCGACGAGAUCGACCGAAAACUUGACAGCGUUCCGUUGUUGUUAUUCGCAACAAGACCAUGAACAUUUUAUGACCAAGGCUGGAUUCCCCUUUAAUUCUUUGUCGUAGAUCAAACCAUGCUGGCAGCUCGGUUAGAGCUUGAUGGUACCUUUGAAGCAAAGAAGAAGACAAGAUAUGAAAAACACAAAGAUGAGAUCAAUUGCGUGGCUUUCUCCAGGGAUCUGGAGAUGAUGGUUACUGGGUCAGAUGAUGGCAGGGUGCGUGUUUGGAACAGACCGAAAAACAUCCUGGUCUGCAGAUUUUUUGGACACACAGGGGCAGUCAAAGGGGUAGCUGUAUCUCCAGAUAGUCGCUACAUCGCUAGCGCUUCCCACGACCGAACAGUGAUUGUGUGGAGGACGAGAAACUCGGAAAUCAUUUACAAACUUCAGGGUCACUCAAGAUGCGUCGAGACGGUAGGGUUUUCAAGCGACGGUCGGCUACUCUGCUCAGGAUCAUGGGAUUGCACUGCUAUUGUUUGGAAUUUAGAGACUGGAACCCCCCGAAACAUACUAACUGGACACAAGAAUUUGGUGCAGUGCUGUGCCUUUAGCACUAAUGAUCAUUUGCUAGCUACAGGUUCAUGGGACCAUACCGUACGUCUCUGGGCGCUGUGUCGUCAGGCGGGUAUCGACCAGGUCAGGGUUCUUAAAGGUCAUACAGGAAACGUCCAUGCAGUGGCCUUCUCUAAACUUGGCAUGCUGGCAACGGGUUCUUGGGACAAGACUGUUCGGCUGUGGAGUUCAAGAGAUGCUCGCUGUCUUCUUGUGCUCUCGGAUCACACUGGCUGGGUGAGGGCGCUGGCGUUCUCCAACGAUAGCAGUAUGGUUGCCAGCGCAAGUGAUGAUGAGACGGUCAGGGUUUGGGAUGUGAGAACUGGUGAAUGUGCAAAGACGCUCGAGAGUGAUCUGGAGCAGCUUCAGACUUGUGUGUUCUCGUCCGAGGGGGCGCUGUUUGCAUCCGGGGCCGCAGCAAUGGCUGUCGCAGAGAAAAAGGAGACACAGAGUAAAGGAGAAGAAGAAGAGGAGGUGAACAGGGAGAUGGAUGAAGGAACAGUUGUGGAGGAGGAGGAGGAUGAUGAAGGGGGUUAGCUAAUGUACCAUAAAGGCUUCCGCGCACCUGGGCCACAAUCCAAUUUUAGAACAAUUCGCAUUUUGCUUAUGAAUGAAAAGUAUCUGUUUGAUUUGAAAAGUAUCUAUUUGAUAUUUCAAAUUAACUGUAAGAAUAUUACUCUAACAAUUUCUUUAUGAUGGCAAGCCUUUAUGUUGGAGUAAAGGCCAAUUGGUUUCAGAUCAUAGUCAAUAAUAUGCUUGCUCUGACAUCAUUACGACUGGAUAUUCAAAUUGCUUUUAUUCUUAUAAGAAUUGUAGUAGUCACAGAUAUGAAUAUCAGUAUUUGUAUGAUGAAUUCAAACUUAAAGCAGUAAGAUGAUCCGUGUCUCAAUAUUUGGAUAAAAUUUACUCUUUUUUUUCCGAAAACGGGUCACAGACCAAUUGUAAGAUGUGCCGUAAUCUUAAGGUAUUGCUAUUCCCUCAGUCACAUUUAUAAUAAUGAUAUAGGUAUAUUUACCCAGGGUAGCCACUUCACUUAUUAAAACUGUUCUCCCAGCGGGCCCUGCUAUUAUUAUUACCCUGGCUUUAGCUGGGCUGCCUAGGCGCUGAAGCAUUCAAGGAAUUUCUACCUACCGGGUACCCAUUCACCUCACCCGGGUUGAGUACAGCACAAUGUGGAUAAAUUUCUUGCUGAAGAAAAUUACGCCAUGGCUGGGAUUCGAACCCACGGCCCUCUGUUUCAAAGUCAGAAGACUAAUCCACUGGGCCACAACGCAUUUGACCUUCGAUGCCAAUGCAGAGACUGUGAAGUGGUAUUGCGUGGCCUCUGUAAUGCCUAGUGCUCACUUGUAUGCACCUGCUCUGAUUUUGCAGGAUUCCCGUACAGUCUCUGCAAUACCCCUUGUAUGGUCUACCCACUGAGGUUCCUUCAAAGAAACUUCAUGAUUAUGAGAAUACAUUCAUUGGGUGAUUUCAAGGUCAGUGUUGACCUUUUGGUGUUGGUGUUAGGUCAAUUUUUACACGAUUAUAACACCAAAAAUAACAUGAAGAUGGUCCCGAAAAGUCACUCACUAGUUGUUGAGAUGUCAAUCAAGUGAUCUGGAUAAGUUUUCCAAAAUCUGAAUUAGUUUUGGAGCUAGGGGAAGCAUACCAAAUUUCAACACCGGACUUGAAAUCACCCAAUGUAGGCAGCACCCUUGCCCUUUGCCCCCCCCUCCUCACAUUUACAUGAUGUAAAGCUAUUGUUCAAAUUCCAUGGCAUCUAGCCUAUAAUCUAGUUAUUGUCUCUGCUUUUAUGAGUCUGAUGCUGUUAAGGCGAAACAUAAGGGACACAUCUGAUACGGGACACUACCAACGGUGGCUUCACUGCGAAGCAGCCAUUGCCUAUACACUCCCGUCUUCCUUUUAGUUGUUUAUUUUUCAUUGAUGAAUGUCAGUUUUUCACACAAAAAACAUGCACCGAAUCCUGGGCCCCGUGGUAUAAAAGUUACUAUUGUGGUAACUUUGUCAUCCAAUGGUAACUACCAUGGUAAUGCUGAUCAGUAGCCAAUCAAAAUCAAGGAUUUCAGGGAAAUUACCAUUGGAUGGCAAAAUUACCAUAAUGGUAACUUUUAUGCAACGGGCACUGGUCGAUAAAAGGGAACAACUAAGCAAGACCGGAGUGCAUAGGCUGUGGCUGAUUCGCAGCCAUGGUUUGUAGUCUUCUGCAUCAGACACAAUUGCUUCCCCAUAGCUGCUGCAUGUGCCUAGAUUAUAAGGCUACAUGGGAUCCAAAGUUGAGCAUUGAUAAAACAUGAAGGCUUUUUCGGUUUAAAAAAAUAAAAUAGUUAUAGACAUGGCCAAGGGGAAGGGAUAGGGGACAUAUGAAUUAUGAAGUUCGAUGAAAAAAAUUGAAAUGUAAUACAGGAAAGGCUCAGCGAAAGCAACAUGUAAAGCACAUCACACACUUUACAAACCAAUUGUGUUCUGAUUUUUUAUCAAUAACUCGUUUUUGCAAUAACUAAACAAUUCUUUUUUAUUCCAUAUUGUGUAACGCAUAUUUUGUAAAUUUUCCCUGUCCUUCUGAUUGCUAAAGACUAGCAAAGAACAAUUUUGCUCAUGUAUGCAUAUAUGAAUGAUUAUAAUUAGAUUACAUUUUUUUGUUUAUGAGAUCAAAGGUCACAUUGGCCAUUAUUUGAUAGAAGUUAGGUGUGUAAUAUAUUUCUGGUCCACAAUGAUGGAGGUAUAUAUUUUGACUGUGCAAUCGAGAAUCCAUUCUUUUCUUCACUCUUAGAAACCUUAUUGGAAGCAAGUAAUUUAUUUGAUGGAAAGCUUAAAGGUUUCAAAAUACAACAAAGCCAGUUUCAUGCAUUUUUUUAGCUUACUUAGCCGAGUAUUAUUGAAAUUUUAUAAUAUGCAAACUUGAUAAUGAGUGUCAUUGUGCUAUUCACUGGCCAAGAUUCUAUGAUGUCAUCUGAUGUGGAUGGAGUUGUGAUUGCAUGCAUUUAUAUGUAGAUAAGUUGCAUUAUUUUCUUGUUUUCCAGCUUACAAAUUCAAAUAUUUUGAGAGGAUUGGCAAAGAUAAUUGUCUUUGGAAUCAAUUAGUGCUUAAACCACUGUUAACGCACGGCUUUACAUCAUAUUUUCAUUUUUUUUCUUUUAUCUUUAUUUUGUUGCAUCUUACAGUAUGUGACCAUGUCAACUAAAUAUGUUUUAUACAAACUCAGUGCAAAUACAGGUGACAAACUGCGUAAAAAAGCAGCAAGUUUAACUUGGCCAAAUGAAGUUCUAUAGCUUGAGUUUCAUCAAUAUAUGCAGGAACUACUCUAAAUAUUUUUUUUGGGUGCAUAUUCUUAAAAUUUCCAAUUGUAAUUUGGAAAACAGUAAAAUUACCAAUCUUGUCUACUCACAAAUGCAUGUAAACUCAACUCCGACACACAGGAUGACAUCCUAUAAUUCAGGCUGUUGAGAAGCCCAAUGAAGCCCAUAAUGGGGAAUAAUGAAUUUGAGUAUUUAUAGAGCAUAAUACCUAGCUGGUAAGCAGUGAAAGUGCAUGAAAAUGUUUUAUGAUUCUUCACAGUUUUCCAUUAAUACAUAUUUGUUUGGCUGCCAAUAUGGGGUUAAAUUGUUCAAUUUUUUUUAGGCAGGAGAUUAUUUGUUGUUUUUUCUUUUGCCUGAGUAGUGAUGUGGAGUAAAUAAGAUUAAAAGUCUUUCAGAUUGUAAUUCUAAGUUCUGUGCCUUUUUUUGUAGUAUUAACAUUUUACAUUCAUUACAUGCUGCUUUUCCGUAUUUGCAUCAAAUUCAUAUAUUUAUAUACUAGACUAUAUACUUCGAUUCAUUCCAUUUUUAUUUUCUAUAUUUUGCAUAUAUAUAUCAUCAAUAAAAUAUAGAUUUAUCAUUGAA